AUGGAGCAUAUUCAGCAGGAGCAAGCUGCCUUCAGGGAAGAAUUGGAUUCCAUGAAAGGAAAGAUCGACCAGAUCCUCGAAGCCAUCCUCGUGGCCAGAAGAGAGGAAGAACAGCGCGAAGCCACUGCUGUCGUCAACAAUGGUCAAGGACAAGGGUCUACUGCCAUCCCUUUGGUUCCAAUUCCAAAGUUUCAUGGGAUGCCGUUGAACUUCAACAACGCAGUCGAAGGAAACACUCCUCAGCCAAUCCCAGCGCCUGGAGUUACUAUUGGAGCUAUCCCGCAGGCUCAGCCUACUGUGGUGCAGAUCCCAGCCCCUCAUACUGAAGAUACUCAGAUGGAUCAGUAUGACGACGUUCAUAACUAUCAUGCUGCUAUCCCCAUUGCUAGUCCUGUUGCCUCUCAGGAUUUUGAAGCCAUGAAGAUGUGCCGAGAUCUAGCCGAGAAACUCCGAGCAAUGGAGGGGCACAAUUUAAACUCUUUCAGUGCUUUGGAAUUAUGCUUAGUGCCCGAUGUUGUCAUUCCUUCCAAAUUCAAGGUGCCCGAAUUCUCGAAGUACAAGGGUCUCAGUUGCCCAAAUAUUCAUCUGAAGAUGUACUGUCGCAAGAUGGCUGCUUAUGCCAGAGAUGAAAGGCUCAUGAUUCAUUGCUUCCAAGACAGUUUGUCUGGGGCAUCGCUCAAAUGGUAUAUGCAGCUGGAACGUAAUAGUGUGCACACUUGGGCCGAGCUAGCCGAUGCAUUUGUCAAACAAUACAAAUACAACACCGAUCUCGCUCCAAACCAUACUCAGCUUCAGAGUAUGACUCAGAAGGACAGCGAAUCCUUCAAGGAGUACGCGCAACGAUGGAGAGAGCUAGCCGCAAGGGUGCAUCCACCUCUUGUUGACCGUGAAUUGAUUGACAUCUUCAUGGGUACCUUACAAGGCCAAUACUAUGAGAAGAUGAUCGGUAGUGUCUCCGCUGGAUUCUCUGACUUGGUGAUCGUCGAUGAGAGAAUUGAAGAAGGGAUGAAGAGUGGAAAGAUCCCAGGAGGUUCUAACAACCAAGCCAAUGCCAAGAAGCCUUUCAACGAAUACAAGAAGAAAGAGGGCGAAACGAAUGCCAUCUCUUUGCAGAAAGGGCAAGCUUCUCAGCAAGCUCCCGCUCCUAUGCCUUAUCAAGUUCCUUAUUAUCAGUAUCCGUAUGUUGCUGCUGCGCAAUAUGCUCCAAUGCCUUAUCAGCCAGCUGUUCAAGCUCAGAUGCCACAGCAACAGGCCUACAACCAGCAAGGAUAUCAGUAUCCUCCUCAGCAACAGGCCUACAACCAUCCUAUCUUAAUUUCUCUCAAGUUCGGGUGUAGAACUUUAUCUCACCACUCAAAGACAACAAUCCCAAAAGAAAUACAAGAGAAAGCAUGUAAACAAUUGAUCAAGUAG